AUGGAGCCAGUGGUGAGGAGUGACGUCAUUCUCUCAGUUUACAUUAUUACCUUCCUGAUCGGCCUACCAGCCAACCUCCUGGCUCUCUAUGCCUUCAGUGUCAAGAUUCGCUCCAAGCCGCUUCCAACAGACAUCCUGCUACUCAAUCUGGUUAUCUCUGAUCUGCUCUUCUUGGCCGUCCUUCCUCUCAAGAUGCACGAGGCAGCAUCAGACUGGAUAUGGAAUCUGCCCAAAUUCCUGUGCUCCAUCACAUCCUUCAUCUACUUUUCUGCAAUCUACACCAGCUCCUUGCUGCUGAUGGCAGUGAGCGUGUUUCGCUACAUAGGGAUAGCUUUUCCCAUCUCCUAUCGUCAGCUAAAAAGACCUUCGUAUGCCAUUCUGACCUGCGCUAUUAUUUGGUUCAUCUCAACAGCACACUGCAGCUUCACUUUCGUCAUUCAGCACCACCCUUCCCUGUCCAACAACAACACCACAGCAUGUUAUGAGAGCUUUACUGAGAAGCAGUUGGAGUUCCUCCUCCCAGUACGUUUCGAGAUUUUUAUUGUGCUCUGCCUUAUACCUCUUCUGAUCUGUAUUUACUGCUAUUUGCAGUGCAUCUUGAUCCUGUACAGUCGUCCCAGGAUAUCCCAGGUGAAGAAGCAGAAGGCCAUUGGCAUGGCUUUGGGGACUCUAGUUGUGUUUCUCAUUUGUGUGUUGCCAUUUAACCUCUCUCAUGUACUGGGCUUCUUUCAGGGUAGCAGCCCACAAUGGAGGUACUACACCCUGCUGCUUAGCACCCUCAACACUUGUAUUGAUCCCAUAAUCUUCUACUUUUCCUCCUCUGCCUUCCACUGCACUGGUGAAAAGUCCAUUUUCAGGAACUGUAGAUUACCUGCAUCACAAUUACAUAACCAGGCCACAGGCUCUAGCCAAUGA